AUGACCGAGCGCUACGACUGCCACUACUGCAAGGAGUCCCUGUUUGGGAAGAAGUAUGUCCUGAGAGAGGAGAAUCCCUACUGUGUGAAAUGUUACGAGAGCCUGUACUCCAACACCUGCGAGGAGUGCAAGAAGCCCAUUGGCUGCAACACCAGGGAUCUGUCAUACAAGGACCGUCACUGGCAUGAGGAGUGUUUCAUGUGCUUCCAGUGCAAGCGCUCGCUGGUGGACAAGCCCUUCUCCACCAAGGAUGAAAAGCUGCUCUGCACUGAGUGUUACUCCAAUGAGUAUUCAUCCAAGUGCCAUCAGUGCAAGAAAACCAUCAUGCCAGGCUCCAGGAAGAUGGAGCACAAGGGGAACAGCUGGCAUGAAACCUGUUUCACUUGCCAGAGAUGCCAGCAGCCCAUUGGCACCAAGAGCUUCAUCCCAAAGGACAACCAUAACUUCUGCGUGCCCUGCUAUGAGAAGCAGUUUGCCAUGCAGUGUGUGCACUGCAAGAAGCCCAUCACCACUGGUGGGGUGACCUACCGUGAGCAGCCCUGGCACAAGGACUGCUUCCUGUGCACUAGCUGCAAGCAGCAGCUGUCUGGCCAGAAGUUUACCUCUAGAGAUGACUUUGCCUAUUGUCUCAACUGCUUCUGCAACCUUUAUGCCAAGAAGUGUGCCUCCUGCACCACCCCAAUCAGCGGCCUUGGAGGCAGCAAGUACAUUUCUUUUGAGGAGCGCCAGUGGCACAAUGACUGCUUCAACUGUAAGAAGUGCUCUGUGUCCCUGGUCGGCCGUGGCUUCCUCACUGAACGUGAUGAUAUCCUGUGCCCAGAGUGCGGCAAGGACAUCUAAUUUGGUCUUAAGGACGACAAA